AUGGGCAUUUUGCUGGGAUCUCAAAUCUCUUCUAUAGAACGUCAUCUGGGCAUAUCCAGCAGCAAAACAGGUCUUAUCAUGAGCAGCAACGAGAUAGGCUACCUGGUAGCCGUCCUGUUCGGCAGCCAUUUUGGCAAAUACCUGCACAUCCCGAGACUGCUGUCUGUGUCAGGGGUCAUCUUUGGGGUCAUGGCCAUGGUGAUGUCACUGGGGAAGCUGAUGCAGCCCAAGGUCUGGCAAGCAUCCUCACUUAUGAACAUCCAGCACAACGACACUGAAAACACAUUUUCGAAAUACCUCUGUCUGCCAGAAGACAGCGUCAUUUCCGGCACAAAUUUAACAGAUCUGGACAUUUCUGAGCACGGAAUUCACUCUUCCGGUGCAGUGUCUAGUCCUUUAGACGUUACACACAUCCCAGCAGGACUUCCGUGGGCAUUCUGGGUGUUUGUCCUGGCAUCCGUCUGCUGUGGGAUAGUGAAAUCCUACAGGAUUCCUCUACUGACUCAUUACGUGGAGACAAACAUAAAAGACAAGAACAAAUCCGGAUUAUACUUAGGAAGUUCUUUCACCGCCAUGUUUUUUGGGCCGCCAAUAGCUUUUUUACUGGGAAGUUAUGUCAGUUCGCUUCCGGUUGACCUAAAAUAUACAACAAUUUCAAAAAGUGACCAAAGAUGGGUUGGCGCGUGGUGGCUUGGCUUUGUCAUAGUAGGCGUGGCUUGUUGCCUGUUUUCUCUGCCAAUCGCUUUCUUUCCAAGACACAUCAGGUUUGCCAAGUUGGACGAGGAGAAACACGGAAAUCGAAAAGCAGGAAAAACUGGAGCAGUAAAAAAUGCAUUUUUAGAAAUGCCCAAGUCACUGUGGCGCAUUCUCCGCCAGCCCCUGUACGUCCUUUCGGCCUUGAGCAGGGUCAUUGAAGGCCUGGCCUUCUCCGGGUGGUACGCUUUUGCUCAGAAGUACAUCGAGGUGCAGUUCAAUAAAACACCCCAGCAGGUCAGCCUAACUACAGGUCUAAUCAUCAUCUUCACCCUGGCUACUGGAACUUUCCUGGGGGGAUUCGUCACGUCACGCCUCAAGCUUGGCUUCCGUGGUUGUGUCAUCAUGACCUUGGUCGUCUGCGCGGUGACCUGGUCACUAGACACGACUUACCUGGUGUUCGGGUGUGAGAAUUCGGACAUUGUGGGUCUAGGAAACACAGGGUAA